CUCGCUAUCGCGCUCCCGAGUGCGUCAGCCGAUUGAUACACGCGAUGCUCUGAAAAAUAUUACGGCAUAUCGAGUUUGCGAAAUCGAGGAUCUACGCGACUGUUUUCGUAUUUAUAGCAUGAUACAGGGAAAAAUAACACCGCAGCUGAUGACAGCCCCCGUGUAUCUGAGGCAUUGUACUUUUCGCGAUUAGAUUUAUCCCCCGCACGUCGGUUGAUAAUUGCAGCUGCGCUAGAUAAACUUAUGGAAUUGUCGACGGGGAGAUCAGUCAAUCGUCAGCCGUUAGCGAAUCAACUUCAUCAUGGUUUUGAGGAAACUGCUGCCGUCGCUGGUGUGCCUGCUGUGCCUGGCUCGGGCUAGUCCGAUCGAGAAGAACUUGAAAUUGGAGAUGGUCCAAGCGCUGCUGAGACACGGAGCGCGGACAGCCAUCAACUGCGAAAUCGAACUGGUACCGGGUCUCGAUGAAAGUGCCUACGAACCCUAUGGGAUGGCUCAAUUGACGGCGGAAGGGAUGCAAGAAGAAUACAGGCUUGGCCAGAUGCUUCGCGAGCGCUACAAGGACUUCCUGCCGGACAUCUACAAGCCCGAGGAUGCGUUUGCCUACAGCUCGGGCUACGAUCGCACGAAAGCUUCUCUUCAGCUGGUCCUCGCUUCUCUGUACCAGCCCACCGGCGACCUCGCUUGGAACGACGAGCUCAACUGGAUGCCCAUACCCGUGCACUCGAACCCGUGGAACUUGGAUAUCCUCAUGAAGCCGAGGAACUGUCCCACGUACAUGGAGAAAUUGCAACAAGUUCACGAGUCCCGAGAGUUCCAAGAAGAUCUGCAGGAGCACGGCGAGAUCCUGCAGCUGUUGCGAAGCGCGUACGGAAACGAUUUCAAGCACGACCGGAUAAUGUGCGCCUACUGGAUCAACGUUAUAAACAAAGACAUGAAUCUUACCUUGACCAAAUGGUACACCGAGGAGAAUCACGCGAAACUGGCCAAACUGGUCAAGUUGUACCUGAACUCUCUGUCGUACACUGACACCUUGAAACGACUGAACGGUGGCACGAUGCUGAGGAGAUUCAUCGAGAACAUGAAAUCCGCUCACAGAAAGAUAUACCUGUACGGCGGACACGACAAGACCGUAUACUCGUUUCUCAAAGCGAACAAUAUUACGCUCUCUUGGAUACCCGACUACGGGAGCUCUGUCAUCGUGGAGAAACUUUCGGACGAGCGUAACAGAGUCUACGUGAAGCUACUGUUGUGGUCCGGCAGCCCGAAACAACUGACGACUCUGAAACUGGAAAACUGCGGCGAGGCGUGUCCACUGUCGGAGUACUUGAAAAUCGUGAACCCUUAUUUGCCGUCCAAAGAAGAGAUGAGAUGCCUCUUCGAGAAUCUCGAGUCCGCUGAUAUAGAGAAAAUCUUGAACAAUGAUUUCAUCGUCAUGAACAAGGAGUGAGCGCAGUCUUCUCGCAUAAUUAUCAUCAAUCAGUGCAACUAAAAUAGCCCGGAUAAUCAGUCGCGUCAUGCGUUAGUGCGUUAUUUAUUGAAGUACACGCAUGUUAUCAACGACAGUAGUGCGUACUAGAAUUGAAUAAUUUAUUUCAUGUUUUCUCGAAAAUGUUAAUCAUGAAAAGAGUCAGUAUUACGAAUGAUUGUAUCUGAUGUAAAAGUAUUCGCUUUUUCACGUAUAUUAUAUUAUCUAAUAAUAGAUUGAUGCAGUAAUGGAGGAAAAAAUUUGUAAUUAAUUCUGAUUAUUGUUACUAUAACUUCGCAGUCCAUUGUAUUAUAUACCCUACAAUUACCAUUACAACUAGUCUAUAUAGAGCUCAACUUAGGAUAGCGCUCAAUAUAUAACGUGUUCAAUGUA